ACAGAUAGAAAGGUUAAAAAAAAGUUCAUGAAAAGCACAAACCACUACAGCUAUAAAUACACAUAUAUGGCUUAAGAAACCAAAACUCAGUCUUCAAUCACAGUGUAAAAUCAAAAUCUUUUUCCCAACAACAAAAUAUUUUCUUUUCCUUUCUCUCUCUCUCUUUUUCCUCAUAAACCAAAAGCUCUUCCUUAUCUUCUUCCUCAAAUUACUAAAGGGUAUCACUUGUUUUUGAAAGUUCACAACUUUUGCUUUCUUUUCCUUUUGUUCAUUCAAAUCCAAGUCCCCCCUUUUGGUGGAUUUUCAUUUUAUAAUCUAAAAUUCUCCAACCUUUUGGGAAAAAGGAGUUUGAAUUUUUUAUUGCCCUUUUGUUUAAUUCAACUCUUGAUUCCUUUUCUUUCUUUUUUUAAUCUCCAAUUUUCCUGGAAAAUAAAGUUAAAGAAGUGGCUAUAAUCAUGGACAGAAUGCUUGAUAAUCAUUCAGCUUUAUCAUUUAGUGAAGGUAUGGAUAUCAGAUCAUCUCUAUCAAAUCUCAUAUUAGCAGGUGGAACAAACACCUUAGAUUCCAUUUUCUCACACUGCUGUGGCACCACCACCACCACAACCCCAUCUUGCUCGACGGCAACCGCGGCAACCGCCAACCCGGUUUUCGAGUCACUAGGUUCCUCAGUCUACCAUAGACAAAGAGACCUUGUUCAAAAGUUCAGCUCAGGAAACAAGGCCAACUUCAAUGCCUAUUCUAGCUUUUACCAGACCAACCCAAUUCAAGAUUCAGUCCAUGUAUCAAAUUUCAUGGCUGUUCCUUUCAAGAAAAAGCUUUACAGAGGAGUUAGACAGAGGCAUUGGGGGAAAUGGGUAGCUGAGAUUAGACUUCCUCAGAAUAGAAUGAGAGUCUGGUUAGGCACUUACGAAACAGCCGAGGCUGCAGCCUAUGCUUAUGAUAGGGCUGCAUAUAAGCUCAGAGGUGAGUAUGCUAGACUCAAUUUUCCCAAUCUUAAGGACCCAAGAAUUUUGGGAUUUGAAGAUUGGACUAAGCUGAAUACUCUGAAGAACUCAGUUGAUGCAAAGAUUCAAGCUAUUUGUCAGAAAGUGAAGAAAAACAAAGCUAAGAAAUCAAUGAUGAAGAAGAUUAAGAAUAAGACUAACAACAGCAGCAGGAGCAGCAGUACUACUACAGAGCAUGAUUUUUCUGGUGAGGAUAGUAAAGGGAGUGAUUGUUCUAAAGCUACAGCAACAACAUUUGAUUCAUCUUAUUCUUCAUUUUCGCCUCUGUUUUUUGGGGAUAAUUUGGAUCAGGAGAUAGUUUCUCCAGCUGUGUCUGAAGAUGGAUUUUGGAAGUGUGAGAAUUCACCUUCCUCUGUUUUAACUCAAUGUCCUGUUUCAGUGUCAGAGGAUUCCAUGUUUGAAGACUGUUCUCUUGCUCGAAUUCCCUCUUUCGAUCCUGAAUUGAUCUGGGAAGUUCUUGCUAAUUGAGAACUGAGUUUCUUUCUUUCUCUUCAAAAGAAAAAUUAGUGAAAGCUUAUGCUCUGUUUUUCUUUUUCUUUUUUCCUUUUGUUGUUUUAUGUUUAUUUUUAGAGUUUUAUUAAAUUGUAAAGGCUAGGUUUUUGGUGCUGAACUGAAAUGUUUUGUUGCUUUUUUAGACUAUUUAAUUAGUGAACUAGUGAAGUUAUUGCUGUGCCUCAUUUUGUACGAAGGCAUUAAGAAUGGCCUUAGUGUCAAUUGCUAAUCACAUAAAUAAGUCUAUGGCCUUAGUGUCAAUUGCUAAUAACAUAAAUAAGUCUAUGGCCUUUUAAAUAUUUAUAUUUCUUCUAUUUGAAAUAAUAAUUCUGAGUAAUUUCAUGUA